AUGCCCGCGUCAAAUAUUGUUGCAUUGGCGGGAGGCCUGCUGCUCUUGCACAUGCAAGACGUCCCUCUGUGGAUGAGAGUUCUCUAUUUCACGGCAGACGUGGGAGUUUGUAUAGGCCGUCAGCGACAUGCUUUGAAGGAUGCUGGGCUGAUUGGACGUCGCAAGGCGGGCAGCCUCCGUGUCUUGCUAUCAUUGUGCUUAGCUUCCUUCAUAAGGCACGGAGUUUGA